CGAGCUUACGACGAAUGCCAGAUUUGUCACUUGAGCGCAUGAAGGUAAUGAAAAAGGGAAAAGGACUGGGGAAGUUCAGCAGCAAAGCUAAGAAGACACCAGAGGAGUCGGACAUUGAAAUCAUUGAAAAGAUAUGCUCGACCAUACUGAAGAUUGCAGCCCCUACACAUAGCCCUGCUUCCCCCCGCUCGACGGAGCUGGAUAACUUUGCUAGGGAUAUUGUGAGCAGCAUUAGGCGGGUACAAGAGGAGCGGUGGAAUGAUGUUAAGAUGGAGAUUAUGAUGGUCAUUAGAAACUUCUCUAGUGCGCUUCCACCCUAAUCAACAGGCGUGGGCAUGGGUCACAGUACAUCUGCCCUGGAACCAUCCUUCAAUUCCAACUACUACUUAAAUGCUCAUCCAAGAUUCAACCGAACCAACUAUGGGCAUUCUCUCUACAAGGUGCCUUCUCCAAUGACCUCUAGCUCCUCGCAGUACGUGCAGCACACACAACAGUGGCAGCAACCACAACAACCAGCCAUGCAGACACCAAGACCCGGACUGCCGUAUACUCCACCGGUUACAACGAGCUCCAACAUCACCGGCAACACCUCUACUGCUACUGCUACAGACACUGAAGGAGGGGACAUACAUUUUAUGUUCAAUGACGUAUAAUGGUGUUUUGGUGCUAUACUGACUUACAUUUCACGCGUAUCAGUAUUACAUGGUCAUGCGCAAAUAUGUUCCUUGCAUUUGUUUAAAAGAAAACUUUAUUAUUUUGGUCGUUCUAGGUUCAGAAGGACAUAGUAGCUGACUGAUUUGUCUGUAGUGAUGACAACGUGUUAUUUCAUGUUCAAUGUUUAUGUUAUAAUAAACUUUGUGAAAGUGA